UCAAAUCAGCGGACUACAGAUCAUGGUGAUUCUGAUUCUGAUGAUGUCGACUUCGAUGUCGACAAUGAUGACGAUGAUGACAUCCCAGCAGAACUUCUUGCGACCAUCACAUCUCCUGGCCAUUCACGCCCCAUCACCAAUCACUUUGCAAUUGCGAAGCUCCUCCAGGACAGGGAGGUGGGGACGGUUCCCAUGCCAUUGUGCUCAUUCUCUGUCGGACCUCUCAAGUUUGAUGUUCCAGACCUGCGACCAGCCAUUGCUGACUUUCUUAGUCGCGAAGCUGCUCAUGGGCAGGAUUACGUUCAUACUAUUGGGGGGGCUAGGAGAGCUAAACCCACCGCUUCACUUCCAUUCGAAAAGCUCCAGGUCUGGUUCAAGCUUCGAUUGCAGGAUACGGAUCUUCAUGAUAUCAGUGUCGUGCCUGCUCAGACCCUGAAUUGUUCACCACCUUCUGGUGUCUGGACUUGCGGCCGGUAUGAUCCGGUCAUUGUAAACGACAAUGCGAGAUGCUCAUGGCCUGCCGAUGGUCUUCAUGGGCACACCGUUGGUGAAAUUAGGCUGAUUCUGCGUCCUGUUGGAAAAGCUGGCACAUAUUGGUCAUGGAAGGACCGCUUCCUCACCUACGUCUAUCGCUUCGACAUCAUUCCACAAGGUGGAACGCUCAAAUGGUACUCGGUGGGUGAUGUCGUACCAGUUACGCAGCUCAGGGCACCUGUCAACCUUGUACCUCGCUUUGGUGCAAGUGCGGACAAUCGUCUCACCCAAUAUAACAAUUCUCUCGUGCCACUAUACAACAUCGAAACGAGUACUUGGAACUGGGAUCUUCCAGUUAAUCCCCCUGGAGGUGGCUCGGACUCAGACACUAGUGGUGGUAGUAGCCACGGUGCUCCAGCGAGUCAGGACCCAGAGGUUGCAGAGAGUGCAACUUACGAAGAAAUUUUCGCAUCCUUUAUGAAUGCUCUUGCUGGCUGUUUAUCAGCAUCACAACCCCUCCUAGAACGCGAGUGUUAUGCAACUCGCACAUGGAGCGCAGCCAAUGCUCACAAGGCAUUGCCCGGGAGCGAGAUAAAGCGCAAACCUGACCUUGUUCUAUCUGACGAUGUCACAGCAAAGUGGGGAAAUAUCAGGCCUGCAAUGCGGCUUGGGAAGGCUCCAGACACCCAUGCCUACCUCAUGAUGAGCGAACAGCCCUGGAGGCGCUUUUCGCUCAUAUUAUCAUUCACUAAUGCCUAUCGUCAUCUCAGAGUCCUCCUGUAUGAUCACUCUGGUGGCGUGGUAUCUACCCGAAUGUGUCGGUAUGAUUCAACGGUUUCGUUCACGAAACUUGUUUCGCCACCCCCUCCAAAAAUCCGUGAAUAUCGCCCAAUCAAGAACAUACCCCGACGUAGCAGUUCAGCAGACCCUGCCGCAUCCACUUCUGAAUCCCUCGAUGAACUGGGCUCUCGGGACCCGUCCUUUGACGAUGAUAUAAAGUCUGUAGUCUCUCAUGACUCUGACGAUGAUCUCGAGUCUGUGGUCUCUGAUGACUCUGGCUCUGAGGAACGCUUAACUGACUCGGAGGACGCACCUGAAGGAAAUUCAAUUGAAUCUACUAUGCAAACGGAAGAAUUCCCCCCAUCCCUCCCUCCAGUGCAACCCACUACGGUGUCCAGUGCCCCCCUCCUCAGCCUCGCGUCCCAAAUUCCCCAGGACUUGACAGAGAGUAUAUCUUCCGUCACGCCUCAUCCUUCCCAAUUUCCCUACUCUGCGCACUCACCUGAACCUUGUGGCAAGAUCCGCGUAGGGGAUGACGUGUACAUUAUCAAGCGAAUUCUUUCUGCAAGCCGGGGGCUUGUUGGUCGUGGAUGUAUCUGCUAUCUGGCCAGUCUGGGCGAUGAAGAUUUUAUCAUCAAGGACCAUUGGGUUCUCGGCAAGCGGGAAGAUGUCAUUUUGAAUGAGAUAGAGAUGUUGAAAUUAAUGCAAGGUGUCCCUGGCGUUCCCGAGCUAGAUUAUUGGCUCGUCACGACAUCAGAAGGCGAGACGUCACUCGAAGUUAUCGCAAAAGGGAACGCCGGAGUACCAAGGGCACCAGUCGCACUCAUGUCCGCCUUGUCCUAA